CUAGUGUGUCGUCCGAGAAAUACGCACCAAAGUGAGAAGUAAAAAGAAGUCUACGGAGAGAGAGAGAGGAGAAAACUUGAAAUCUGGAAAUGGAUUCGCACAGCAACAAAGAAGCAGUUCAAGCAACAAACGACGACGCCUCGGCCAGCAAACUGUCGUGCGUGAAGAAAGGGUACAUGAAAGACGAUUAUGUCCAUUUGUUUGUGAGAAGACCUGUGAGAAGAUCUCCGAUUAUUAACCGUGGUUACUUUGCACGUUGGGCCGCUCUGCGGAAGCUUCUAAAUCAGUUUCUUGAUGCCGGAGGAAAUGGUGGCGAAAAGGGUCAUUUGAAGAAGCAGAUAUUAUCACUUGGAGCUGGCUUUGAUACAACAUAUUUUCAGCUGCAGGAUGAGGGGAGAGCACCAUAUUUAUAUGUUGAGCUGGAUUUUAAGGAGGUAACUAGUAAGAAGGCCACACUUAUUGAAACGUGCAGUCAUUUGAGGGACAAAAUUAGUGCAACAGCAUCAAUCUCUCAAGAGAGUGGAGAAGUGCUCAGUGACCACUACAAGCUACUUCCUGUUGAUUUACGUGACAUACCAAAACUAGACGAUGUUAUAGCUUUAGCUGGUAUGAAUCCGAGCCUUCCAACUUUUAUAAUUGCAGAAUGCGUUUUGAUAUACUUGGAUCCAGAUUCAAGUCGUUCCAUACUUAGAUGGACAGCAAAAGCAUUUUCUACGGCGGUAUUUUUCUUAUAUGAGCAGAUUCAUCCGGAUGAUGCUUUUGGGCAGCAGAUGAUCAGAAACUUGGAGAGUCGAGGCUGUUCGCUCUUGGGCAUACAUGAUACACCAACAUUACAGGCAAAGGAAAACCUUUUUGUUGACCAAGGAUGGCAGAGGGCUGUUGCCUGGGACAUGCUUAAAGUGUACAGUGAUUUUGUUGAAGCUCAAGAAAGACGCAGGAUUGAACGAUUGGAAUUGUUUGAUGAAUUUGAAGAAUGGCAUAUGAUGCAGGAGCACUACUGCGUAGCUUAUGCAAUCAAUGAUGCACUGGGUCUGUUCGGUGAUUUUGGGUUUCUUAACCGCCACCACGUCCACCAGCAGCCUCAGCCGCACGUGCUCAACCCCUCCUCGUCAGCAUCACUAUGAAAACACGAGAGACUAGACCAUACUGCCAUGCCAUUACCAAGUCUGGUUAAACAAAUGCAUCAGAGGAGCCCAUCCAACUGCACGUGGCGGCCCUACUUCCGGGAGGGGGAGGUCUGUCAGGUAAACAGAUGGUCUCUCUAAGGAUGUGAAGUCUCAACUAUUAAUUACUCUCUCAGGCUAUAAUAUCCAAAAAAGGUGAUGAGCCAUCUAUCUUCGUGUGUUAGUUUUGUUUUGAUUCGAAAGAAGAUAGAUCCUUUUUGGUUGUUCCUCUUUGUGCUAGCUGUUUGGCAAAGAAACUUGGUGGGGUCCACCAUAGCACCCAAAAGUAUGUAAUCUCAUCGGCCUUCUGUCCUGUGGCUGUGGGGCAAAAGGCCAUGUGAGGCGGGGGAGAAAAAUAAAAUAUAAGGAUUUGGAUUGGUUGGUUGGUCCUUUUUUCC